GACUCGAAAUUUGAACUUACAAAGCUAUGCUUACAAUUAAUCAUCUACAACCUGUCUUCCCCUUCGUGUGCGCCAUUGCACUCUUGCUAGUCAAUUCUGCCAUUGCUGGCCAACUUGGACAAUCCCACGCCUUUGCAAUUUCUCAUGUUUGUAAUGGCUCUAUUGCUUGUUCACUCAUCAAUUCCAAUUGGCCGACUGGAAAAGAAUUCACUUGUGGAAAUGAAACUAUUUCCUCGACCUCCUUUGCUUCUGCCUAUCCUUACAUGAUGAUGGGGCAGGGAAUCUCGAUGAUAAAUUCAAGUAGCUCAUGGCCCUCUUCAGUCAACUCCGAGUGUCAAGAUAUCACAGCUGCCGAGCAAUUUCAGUAUCACAACGGAGUUUGGAAUGCUUACUAUGCGAUUGUCACCAAUUGUGGCUGUACUGGGACUGGAGAAAGCGCAAUUCCGGAUUGCACUGAUGCUACCUCUCAAUCGAGUGCAGCUUGCAAUAUCGCAAUGUUCGCGUUCUGUGCCAUCGAGAUGAACGAUGUCGUCUGCACCUACACAUGAUCUGAAAGAAGAGCUCCUAAAGUCUGUAUACAUGAUAGCCAUGUGUAAUGUUUUGUAAUGUUUUAUCUUUUUGAAAAGAAAACUGCAGGCAAGGAAUGUUUUUGUUAGCGAAGAUGGUCAGAACAGUUUCUUGUUAGAUGUUUUACCUCGUCUUUUAGUAUAUAAACAUUUACUUGUAUCGUGUAGUGUUUGUCCUUUUCUCUGUCGAAUUAUUCACGCAGUUUUCCUCACUCAAAUACGUACCUAGAAAGUCAUGCACUUUCUAGGGUACACCCGAGCCCAAUAACUCGAUCAUAAAAAACUUUUUUUCGCACUGUUUUGGCUAGUGUCUUUUUUGUUAGUUUAUCACCUUUAGCUGUUCCUUUGUGAUUCUUUGUUGUGUUUUGAUCACCUACAUCCAUCUUUUUUUGAUUUCUCGUAUUCUUUUACACUUUUCUGUUUUGAAUCUUUUGUCUACAUAAUUGUGUAUCAGUUUGUUUUGCGCGGUCCCUCUUGUACUUACUCAGGCACGUGUGUUUUUCGCGUGGUGACGAUUUUUUCUUCUUCUCGGUUAUGUUUUUAUCUCGCAUUUUCAUGAUCAGUGGUUGUGUAAAUUUUCCGUGUAGGUUCCAUCUGUCCU